GUCAGUCAGUCAGUCAGUCAGUCAGUCAGUCAGUCAGUCAGUUAGUUAGUUAGUUAGUUUCCUCAGUAGAACUGUGUAGUCCUGAGGUUGCUUGUUUCAGUCUUUGUCAGUUGCUACCGGUAUUAGCUGUGUGCUAACUCUCUGCCGUGCCGCCUGUGUUGGACUGUUUUCUUCAUCAUUAAACAUCAUCAUCUUCACCAUAACCUGAGUCCCUGCGUUCAUUCUCACCACUCCCAACCACACCCCGUGACACUGAGAACAUCAGGAUCCAGACAGGGCUGCCCUCACUGUGAUUUAGUUUUUCCUUAUUGAUUAUUGAACAAACAAAUUGUCUUAAAAGAGUCUAAAUGUGAAAACAUUUGCAAUGAAUUAUCAUGUCAGUUUUUUUCAUGCUUGAUUUUCUUUCAUUGAAUAUUCUCUGCCAAUAUCUAAAAAGUUAGAUGUUGAACGUAAUCUUUUAAUAGAUUAUUCAUUUGUUUUGACCGUUGAUAGAGGACCUAAUGAUUUAGAGCCCGUGUUGUAAUUGAAACACCUCCUCAACAGUGAUUCUCUUACAUAACUAUUGGCUCAUUACCUGAGUCUUCCAGGUCAGACUGAGCAAACCUGAGCCAAUUAUUUGCCACCGAGCUGCAUAAAAGCGGCGAUGUGGAAGAGGAGAAUUAAGCAGAGAUUCCUGAUUCAUCUCUAAAGCUUCACUCACACAAACCAACAUGACAAACCCAGUCACAUACGAGGAACUGAAGGCUCUCCUGGCCAAAAGCAAAGAUCUGAUUCUGAUUGAUGUCCGUGAGACAGACGAGGUGAACAGAGGAUGCAUCCCCAGGUCCACUCACAUUGCCCUUGGCACCGUCGAAACUGCUUUCAAAAUGAGCCCAGAGGAUUUCCAGGCCACAUACCGGAUUCCCAAACCUGCACUCGAUGCGCCUGAGCUGGUGUUUUACUGCCGGUCAGGGAAGCGGUCAGAAGAGGCCAUCAGCAAAGUCAGAGAACUCGGAUAUGUGACAGCACGUAAUUACACCGGCUCUUACCUGGACUGGUCUCAGAGGGAGUGAUAAAGAUUCACGUUGGAGAAGAGCCUCACACUGCACACUAUAUUUAUACAAUUCUAUAAGCUGUAAAAACCUUCUAGAAAUUGAUCAUGUUGGUUCUUAUAGAACACGUCUCUGAAUGUUAUAUGUGUGAAUAAGUAACUUGCAAAUAAAAUAAUAUUUUUGUUCUUAAAAGUGUUUCUGUGUUUUUAUGGACAUCUCAGAUCCAAAAUUUCAUAAGAUAUGAAAAGACAAACAGCUUUGACAAGUGCAACAUAUUUACCUCAUCCAGUUCACUAACGGGCAAAAACAGAUGACUCCACUGCAGUAAUUCUUUCUAAACAAUUUCUAAUUUGUUGAUAGUGUUGUCAUUAACAACACUUUAUUCAUAAGGAAACAUCAAGCAUUUAAAAAGUUUUAUCAUUUCAUACAGUUUAAAGUCCAGGAGGAAACUAUGUCAAGAGCUGCUUGCUAGCAACGGCAGCAGAUAAACAAGAUAUUAAUGUAAUGAAUCAGUGAUGAUCAUUUUUUAGCCCUGGUUCCCAAAGUUGGGCACAUGAGCAUGUUGUCGUGUCAAAAAACCAAAUGGGCGAUCUGGAAAGUUUACCAAGAAGCUAAAAUACAUUUCUUUCAAAGGAAUAAUAAUUUGUGCCAAAACCAGUAACAUACACUGAUAGAACAUGAAGACUAAAUGGUCUUUUUGCUGCCAUUGAGGCAUAAAUUAGAUUCAAACAAGUUUUCUCCAAAACUUUCCUGUAGUAUUUAUGGUUUGUGAUAGAAUAAGCAACAUUCACAUGGAUGACAGGACUGCAGGUUUCCCAUAAACACAUGUCUUAGAGCUGAGGUGUGUGGAGAAUAUAAUAUAUUAUGAAGAAUAAGGAAAUGACCUUUGUUAAAUUGAUAGAAAAUCAUUGAUUUAGUCACAUGUAAAACUCGAGCGGGGUCCUGCUCUGUCACAGCGCUCCUCUUGUCAUGCCAGGCUUUGACAGCCUUGGCGAUUGAUCCACAUGUCAUUACCAAGGCACAAGGAUGCAAUCAUGAUAAUGUAGAAGAAGAGAGCAGAUCACAAGGCGAACCAGCCAGGCGUGAUCAAAGGGGAGACGAGGCGGGCGAGAUGAGUGGAGCAGGGAGCAGAGCAGGAGGGGGUGGUUGUUAUGUAACGGUAUGAACGCACAAGAGACUUCAGAUCUCACUGGAAUUGCCACAAGGCAACUUUGUGCACAUUUCGAUGUGUAACUGGAUCUCCACAAUAUUUAUUGACAAACUUUUCAAAUAUUUUAGCUUUCUCUGCAUUC